GUGUGUGUGUGUGUGUCACCAAGACCCUUUGACACCUGGCCGGUGGGUGUCUGCCAUGGGGUUAGCAUUUAGGGCGUCUCAUAUGUCACGCAAACUCGCCUGCCAAACCCCCCUCCCCUCCACCUCACACCGCCUCUGCCAUUCCUGUGCUGACGCAUGGGCUCCCAGUUACAUUUAGGGAGGCCGGCCUCUUCUAUUCUUAAUGUCAUCUCCCCUUUGGAGAGGUGGACGACAGUUGAAUGGAGGGUGAAAGACAGAGGUACUCAUCGAGCAAUCGCUUUUUGGAAUUGGGUUUUUGGGAAUCCAUAGAGCUGGCUGCAGUUGUCCCGGAGGUGUGUCCAUCGUUUAUUGCGGACGUUUGUUAAGAGUUUUUCCUUGUCACACUUUGAACAAUUUGACGUGAGCGAGCCAUCGGCCAUCAACCAUGAGUACUACCGGAGCCGAUAAGGGCAUUGACUUCAUCCAGUCUCGGAUUGAGUCCCUGAGCAGUAAAAUGGACCAUCUUAUCAGCAUCCAGGAGAAGGUCCUCAAUCGACUGGACGGCAUGUCGCAAGACAUCGACGGCAUUGAGAGAGACGUUGAGACUCUGAAGGUGGACAAGGAGGAGAUCCACUUGCCUCUUCCACCACGUGUGCCUGCCGUAAAGGAGUUGUGCCAGGAGAUGAGCAGCAUCAUGUCAGUGGUGAGCCAGCACUCAGAGCAGCAGGCCCAGAAGCUGGAGGGCAUGGAGAAGCUAGUGCUCAGCAUCCAGCAAGUCAUCAGUGUCAUUGGUGAGACCGUGAAGAACUCCAAAAUUAUGGAGCUCAUAUGCAAAAAGCCAGCGGCACGCAAGAACAAAAUAAUCUCUACUCCCGUGCCCAAAAGCAAGGAAAGUAAGAGCAAAGCGGCCAGCGCCACCAAGAAACCUGACAAGAAAAAUACCUCUACUAAAGCCACUAAAGAAACCCAAGACACAAGCUCAGCAUGGGAAGUGAGCAUCUUGGAGUCGACUCCCAAGUCUAGGCUCCAUGGACCAAAACAUUUGCAUUCUUCACGCAAAUAUGGAGACUUUUUGAGAGAUCAUAAAGGCAAAGAUGGGAAAGAGAAAUCUCUUUUGAGCAUUAAGGACCUGAAAGCACAGAAGAAGAAGAAGCCUCCAGAAGUCCAAGACACCAUCUCUGUGAAGAAGCAGGCCCUGCUGCUUGAGGAGGUGCAGAAACUGAACAGAGAGAAUGCAGAGCGGUCAGGUAUGCUGGUGGUCCAGGCAUGCUUGGACCUGGAGGCCGGAACUGUGGUGGACAAGCCACAAGAGUCGCCCGUGAUGCCAAGCGCAGUGGACUUCAUCCUGGAGGUGCCUAAGCUGGCUGAGACUGAGCAGGACAAAACGCUAGAGGAGGAGCAGAAAGAGGAGCAGGAGGAGGCGGAUGUGGCCCAGGAGGUGAAAGAGGCAAAGGGGGAGGAGAAAAUGGAGGAGGAGAUCCCAGUGGCUGCAAAGGAGGAGACCAGAGAAGAGAAGAGCGAGGAGGCACCUGAUGGCGAGCUGCAAGUCGAGGAAGAGCUGGCGGUGGACAAGGUGCAGGAGGUAGCAGCUCCCAGUGAGAGUGUUCCAGAGCCUGAAGAGCCCGCGAGGCAGGCGUCUCCUCAGACUGACAGCGGGGACGGUCCGGCUGAGCCUGUCGCUUCGCUGAGCGCUGAGGAGGUCGAUGAAGUGAACACCAGCGCCAAGCGCAGGGUCACGGAGGAGGACCAGGAGGCAGAGGACCACAAGAAGAGUCGAGUAGAGGAGAGGCAGGAGGGCGAGAAGGCUGGGCAGGAGGGCGAGAAGGCUAAGCAGGGGGAGGAGGAACUGCGCGGCUUCUUCAAAGCAGACGGAGUGGAGUUUGAGGUGAACUUCAACAAGCAGAAGCCAAAAGUCGCUGAAGCAAACGAUGAAGAGGAUACUGAGGAAGAGCAGUACUUUUUUGAUAGCAGCCCGCCGCCACCUGCUCCGUUUGGUCACCGGAUUGUGUCUGCAAAGCCCAGCCAGAUCAACAACUUCUAUACCAUCAACAGACAAGAAGUUAUUGGAGGAGGUCGUUUUGGUCAGGUGCACAAAUGCAUAGAAAAUUCUUCUGGACUCACUCUAGCAGCCAAGAUCAUCAAAGCCAGAAGUCCAAAAGAAAAGGAGGUUGUGAAGAAUGAGAUUCAAGUCAUGAAUCAGCUGGAUCAUGCCAAUCUCAUCCAGCUAUAUGCUGCGUAUGAAUCCAGGACUGAUAUAAUCUUGGUCCUAGAAUAUGUGGAUGGUGGGGAGCUCUUUGACAGGAUCAUUGAUGAGAACUACACUCUGACAGAGCUUGAUACAGUGAUGUUCAUCAGGCAGAUCUGUGAAGGACUACGCCACAUGCACAAAAUGUAUUUCCUUCAUCUGGAUCUGAAGCCUGAGAACAUUCUCUGUGUAAGCCGAGUCACAAACAAGAUCAAGAUCAUUGACUUUGGGCUUGCUAGGAAAUAUAACCCCAGAGAGAAGUUAAAGGUGAAUUUUGGCACCCCUGAAUUCUUGGCCCCCGAGGUGAUCAACUACGACUUUGUCUCGUUCAACACAGACAUGUGGAGCUUGGGAGUCAUCACUUACAUGCUUCUCAGUGGUCUGUCCCCCUUCCUUGGAGACGAUGACGGCGAGACUCUUAACAACAUUCUUCAGUGCCAGUGGAACUUUGAGGAAGCCGAGUUCAUUGGCAUAUCAGAUGAGGCCAAGGACUUCAUCUCCAAACUCCUUCUUGUCAACAAAAGUUGGCGGAUAGGUGCUGCACAAGCUCUCAAGCACCCUUGGUUGUCAGAUCCAGCCCUCCAUCACCGCCUUCAUGAAAAGAAGAACAUGUGCCGCUCACGCCGGAACUCCUGUGUUCCACCUCCUGAGAGCUAAUGUUUCUGGAGAAAUCGAAUGGCUCACUGGACCAAUCUGUAGUGUUUCUGUACAUCAGUAGGACUGUAGGACACCACCACACCCUGAUCGCUUGGACAGCCACAGAUUUGUAGAUAUUAACUAUGAUCACAAUGAUUUUAGCUGGAGAUCCACAUUCACAGUCUGAUUUAGUGUUUUAGUACCACACAUCCCGACAAGUUACAAGCAAAAAAAUAUUUCUGUUAUGGUCUAGACUCCGUUAUCUGUUGUGUUUUAUUUUGUUAGAUUAGGAUUGCAACUAAUGUCCUAUCGUUUGUUUAUUACCUUGUGUUAUGAUGAGUAGUGGGAGCAGCAGCAGUAACUGCAAAGUGUUAUUUAGUGUAUUACUGUAACGUCAUAGUGCUUGUGCCCAUUUAAACAAGUUAGAUAGUAAUACACAUGUAUGUUUUUGCAUUUAACUGAACAACAUAGAACUGUGAAUGGACAUUUGGACAUUGGUCACAAUGAUAUUUAGAUAUGGAUAAAAUUGAAAAUAAUAAUGGCAUUGUUACAUGUGGAUGUUUCAGCCAGUGGUGAUGAGGUCAUUUUCGUUCUGUCAUAGAAGUUUGGUUGUGCUGUGUGUCCUCUCCUCCCUUGGUGAACGUGGCCCCCUGUAGGUCGUCUUUACAUCUGCUCUACAUCUACAUUCGCUGCUCACAAAUACUCUCUCAAUACUAUUUACUCUCUUGCAAUCUAUAGUUGACAUUACUAGGAUCAUUUAGAAACAUGUAGAGAAUAUGCACACAGGAAAUCUAUUUCACUAAUGUUUGAUAAAUUAAAUCAGUAUGUCAAAUUCUAUGCCUUUCUCAAUGAAUUGCAGUUUCAAUCGCCUCAGACAAAAUAUUAGUUGAUUAGUCAAAUUAGUUUUCCUUCAGUAAAUUGUCAUUGUAGUAAUGCUUCUCACUGAUUUGUUUUGUAGAAGAAAUCAUGAUAAUAUUAUUUAAGUGUAGAUCUCUAUAUUUACUUGAUAGAAUGCUUGAACUGAACCAUUGGGGUGUAGGGUAUUUGUCAAUGUGAAGACAUAACAGACUUAGUGUGUUUAAUUGUUGUUAUAAGCUGUUGCCUGUGCACUUUAUUAUGUUGUUUUUUUUAACACAGAUAAUCCUAAAUAACACAGAAUUUAGAAUUAUAUAAAACAUUACUAGUAUAUUUAUAUAUAAAUAAUAUUUUAUAGGCCUGAUGCCCUGUUUCUUUCUACAUAGGAAAGGUUGUGUGUACAGAAUAAGAAAAAAAAGAUUUUUACUUUAUAUUAAAAAUAUUCAAGUCUUA